GGAGUGGGGGAAGGGAGUGGAAGGAGUUACCUGGUUGCUUGUGGGGCGGGGGGAGUAGUUCUGCUGCCUGCCUGUGUGUGCUUGUGGGAGAGGCGGCUGCUAGGUGAGCGGCUUCCUGUGUGUGGAUUGGGGGAGACAGGAGCAGGGAAAGGGACAGGUGUGUGUGUGUGGGGGGGAGGGAUUCUUGGGAGGAGGAGCGCCCCCCAACCCACCCCACCCACCCAGGUAGAGGAUAACCUUCACUUGUAGGUGUCUGUGGGUGUGACCUGGUGGUUGAGUGGGGAGGCGACCCAGGGUGAGGAUGGGUGGGGAGGGAAUGGAUAUGGUGGAGACUGAUGAAGGCAGUGAGGAGGAAGAGGGUGGCAAGGCAAGGAAGCUGGCAGUGGUGCCGCCGCUCCAGCAGAACGGAUGUCUCCCAGGCAAGGCGGCUGAGCACAGCAGCAGCUCCACACCUUUGGUCUCGGAGAGCGACGUGGAGCUGGGAAGAGAGGCUGCUUCUUUUUCCAAUUUGGAGGAGAUCCCUGAGGCAGAGGCCAUGCUUUCCUCCUCGGCGCUGGCUGUGAGGGUGACCACUCGGCUGUCCAAGCGCAGGAUGGUGGUGCUGGCUGUGUUCAGCUUGUACUCGCUGGUGAAUGCUUUCCAGUGGAUCCAGUACAGUAUACUGGCUAAUGUCUUCACCACUUACUAUAACAUCUCCAACGCUCAAGUAGACUGGCUCUCCAUGGCCUAUAUGGUGGCAUAUGUGCCCCUCAUUCUACCUGCCACCUGGCUGCUGGAUGCUUAUGGUCUCCGCAUCACUGCCUUGCUGGGAUCUGGACUCAAUUGCCUGGGUGCCUGGAUUAAGUGUGCUAGUGUCCAACGGGACCUAUAUGUGGUUACAUUAGUGGCCCAGAUUGUAUGUUCUGUUGCCCAGGUCUUUAUCCUGGGGCUGCCCUCCCGCAUUGCCUCUGUCUGGUUCGGGCCCAAAGAAGUGUCCACCGCUUGUGCUGUAGCUGUGCUGGGCAACCAGCUAGGUACAGCAGUUGGCUUCUUGUUGCCACCAGUUUUAGUUCCGAACACAGGAAAUCAUACAGAUACCAUGGGCCAUAACAUCAGCAUCAUGUUCUAUGGCACAGCAGGAGUAUCCUCUUUCCUACUUUUAUUAACAGCACUUGUGUUUACAGAAAAACCUAAAUAUCCUCCAAGUCAAUCUCAGGCUGUUCUCAUGGAUGUACCUCCAGAAGAUUAUUCCUACAAACAAUCAAUAAUCAACCUGUUCAGAAAUGUUCCUUUUGUCCUCUUGCUGAUCAGUUAUGGAAUUAUGACUGGGGCAUUUUAUUCAAUUUCCACUCUACUAAACCAAAUGAUAGUAUAUUAUUAUACAGGAGAAGAAGUGAAUGCUGGGAGGAUUGGCCUGACACUUGUCGUAGCUGGAAUGGUGGGUUCAAUUAUUUGUGGUUUGUGGCUGGAUUAUACCAAAACGUACAAGCAGACCACAUUAAUGGUGUACAUCCUCUCAUUUGUUGGAAUGGUCGUAUUUACAUUCACCUUAGAUUGUGGACACCUUGUAGUUGUAUUUAUCACUGGUGGAGUGCUUGGCUUCUUCAUGACUGGUUACCUCCCCCUUGGUUUUGAGUUUGCUGUGGAAAUUACAUACCCAGAGUCAGAAGGUACCUCAUCAGGGCUUCUGAACGCUUCAGCACAGAUAUUUGGGAUUCUUUUUACACUUAUUCAAGGGAAGCUCACUACCGAUUACACACCACUUGCAGGAAACAUUUUUCUCUUUGUGUGGAUGUUUAUAGGCAUCAUUUUAACAGCUUUAAUCAAAUCAGAUUUGAGAAGACACAGUGUGAAUUCAGGGAAUAUAAGUGCUGACAUUAAAUCUAUGGCAAUUGACAGUCCUACAGAAGCUGAACAGAACAAAACUGCAUCAAAAAGCCCGUCUGAAUCAAAAAUUUGAAACAGAGAAACUCUAGACACACUCAAUUGCUUCUGUUUCAUGUAAUGUAAAAACUUGACAAGUAAUCGCAAGAACUGUAUGUCUGAAAGUAGUAAGAAUCCUGUGAUCAUGCAGUACUGCUUAGACAUGAACUAAGGAUGCACACAUGCUACUAGGGAUGCAUUGCAGUUUCAGUGACUAUUUAUAGUGGUUGAACUAUUCAAUGAUUCCUUGAAAUCUGCCAUUGGUGCUCUAGAAGACUUCCACUUCCAGAAAACAUAAUUGAACAACUUGAGUGAAAUGGCAAAUGAAAUAGGUUUUAAUUAGAGUCAGCACAACUUAAUCCACACACUAAAUCCUUUAUUUGGAAGGUGUGCACUGAGUAGGUUGGCAUAAAUUAAAGGGGUGCUUUUAAACUUGUUUUUACUGUAAAUAUAUUGGAAAUUUUAAACUGUUCCUCUGUAGGAGGGACAUUGUUGCUAGCACAACAAACAGUAUAAGACAUUCCGAGUUUGAAUGUGUUAUGCCAUAUAUGCUGUUUGCCAUUUCUGUUGGCAUUGGAAGGAUUAUGGUUUUCAUAUUUUAACUCUGUGUCCAAAUGCAGAUGAGGGAAGUAUAUAAACUCAUAUUUAUUGGAAAUAAUUGAUAAACUAUAUAAUCUGAAGUCUUAAAGGCAGGGGUUUUUAGAACUUCUGAGCUCCAAAUUCCCAUCUUCUCUUGUUUUGCAUUUUGGAAAUGUAUGCAGGAAGGUGGCAUAGAGGGAUAUGUGUGUGUAGCAAGAACACAUUGCUGUAUUUUUCAAAGACAUCUACCUGCAGCCAUUGUCUGCUUGUGUCCCCUAUGUGUAUUUUUACAAUACUAGUGAGAAGGGUAAAUGUAGCAAGGUACCUUGCGCAAAUGGAAAAAAUAUUGCAAGAGCACAUAGUGGAUUUUGUCUACUGCUUCAGCUGAUUGGGUGUGUGCAGGUAUACAAGAACUCUGUGCCUUUUCCUACUGAAUCGUGUGAAGACUGGGUUCAGUCUGGGGUUUUGUUUGUGCCCUCUUACACUGUUAAGGGGAAAUGCUGUUGCAUGUAUUCAAUCUCUGCUGCUUAGUGAAAAUGCAUCUUUGUGAGAAAUAUUAACCCUGUCUUUUCAAUGUUCUUUCACUGUAUUGCUUAAAUACAACUUGUCUGGGAGUAAAUAAUAGUUAGUGUUGCUAUUUCUAAGUGUUAAAUGAUGGUUGAAAGUGAAAGGCUUUUGCUGAGCCCGCUGAUGCUGCUAUCUCUGAUUCCCAGAUACAUAAAGAUGGUUUUGGUAACUUUUGGUUUUUUCAUUUUUACAUGUGAGGUUAACCUUUCCUGUCUUGUGAAAACUUGUGAUGUCAUAUAUGUACGUCUACUCUGCAUCAUCUUUGUUCAGUAGUGUAAAGCUAAAGGACAUUAUCCAGCCAUAGCAGAGUAGUAGUAAUUCAACUGAUAAUGUUAGAAAGAGAAGCACUUCCGUAAUUGUGCUUUUAAAAAAAGAUGGUCUUGAACUGCUUAACUUUGUCUUAAUCAUGCCCCAUAGCUAUAAGAGAAGUCAGAAAUGCUUCUUAGAAUGGAGGGUACUAGAAGAGAUUCCUUUUGGGUAAAAAGUUGUAUACUAUUCGUGGGAUGGCUGUCUUAAUAUUCCUUGCAACCUGUUGCUAAGCAUAGGUGCCUCGCCUUCAUGCCCUGACUGUGAGAGAGAUAUUAACUUUGCCUUGUCCUGUUAGUAUUACCCUCAACAGCAAUACCUCAUUUUUAGAAGUAAUCACUGGAAUAUACAAAGCAUAUUAUAAACAGUACAGUUCCACCAAUUUUCCUUAGCAUUGUGGACAGGCUUCUGUUGGCGGCAUCUGUUGCUUCUUUGUGUGAGAUAAGAGAGUAGGGCUUGAUCUAUUGGAAUUAUUUCCAACUUUAAUGAUUUUGCCAUUGGAAACAAAGGGCCUUGACAGUUGAUGAUGUGGUACAGCUCUGCAUUUCUGAGUUGGGUGAUGGAAGAAAUACUUCUCUUGGAUUUACUUGGUAUUAAAAUAGCUGUUUUACAGGGGGAGAGAGAAUGAGACAUCUCUAAAUAGGUGAUGUCAUUAAAAGUGGUGAAUCUCUGUAGUGGGAACAAAUGUUGUUCUUUGAUCUCUGUGCAGUCCCACAAUUCUGUACUUGCACAAAACAUCUGUAGAAAUUUCUAGAGUUCCAAUUGAGAGCUGGUGCUCCCCCCCCCCCCCCGGGGUGUAGAGAGAUGUCGUUGAAGAUAAGAUCCCAUAUCAGACUGCCACAAGUGCUGCCCAACUUAUUUGGGAGGGAGCACAAUGUAAAUCGUGAAUUUUUGGCAAUAAACACAAAGUAAGGUAAUGGGAAUUGUUCUUCCAGGAUUCAUACCUCUCCUUGGGAAUGCACUUUGGCUGCUAUCUCCAGCAAUUUCAUUUUGACAAAUGAGCAUUCCAGUACUUUGUACUCAAACCAAUCAACUAGCUCAGAGCAACAGAUGGCACCAGUCUUCUAACCUUCUGACAAAUUAUUUCCAGCCUCCGAAUUGGAAUAGACCUCUAAAUAGAUGUUAAAUGCUCCAAAGAUCUUUCCUGGGCUGUGGCUCUUUAGAUCCAUGAAGUAUAUAACCUGAUGAGCUGAAGGAAAAGCAGCAGCAGGGAACCAAAGGAAACACAACACAUCAACCCUUUGGACUUGGUUUCAGAGCCAAGCCCCAUACUUCAAAAACUCUGCCUUAUCUUCUUCGGGACCUCAUUCUGUCUACAGGUUUCUACUGCUGCAGAUUUUAGGAUCUGAGCCUUGGGACCUGACCCAAUUGGUAUUCUGCCUUUAGCAUGAGUGACUUAGUGUUAUGCUCUGCUGUUUUGAGAAUUUGUAGAUAUAAAAUAGGACUUUUACCAGGCAUCACUUUUUACAAAGGUUUAUUUCCCAGUUUCACCUUACCUAUGAGAUAGACCUACCAGUUUUCUUCCCAUGGCCUAAAGAUGUCCGCAAGUAUGUUGAGUACAUCCUGGAGUCUGUCUACAACAGUGGAGAUAAAGUGAAGCAGGUCCUUCACUUUGUCUCCACAGGACCAAAUAUUGUCCUUGUGAAAGUAACCUCUUCAUUGGUUAUGCUCAGUGUGCACAUGCAAACGUGUUUUGUUCACAAAGGUGUUCCCAUUGGGUUCUUUGUGCUGUCCUUUCCUGCAUUUUGCCAACUACCUCAUCUCUCAUACACCUGAGGGACAUCCUGUUUUAGAGGGAUUGCUACACUUCUUCAGCAUGUGGUUAUUCAUGUGGAACUGUGAAGCAGAUAUAUGGGCUACCCCAUCCAUGUUUAUUAAGCAUUAUACUUUGGAUAUGAAAGCUUGUGCUCAUGGCAACAUUAGGACUGAUCUCCAGAGCAAUGUUCCCAUUAACAGGGGUUCCCAGAUGUUGGCUACAACUCCCAGCAGUCCUAGCUGCAAUGGCCUUUGGCUGGGAAUGCUGGGAGUUAUAGUCAAAAACAUCAAUCCCUGUUACUGGGAACGCUACUCCAGAGUAUUUUUAUCCACCACUUGCGUAUCAGCCAUUCAAUUUGUGGGACAGUAAAAAGACUACAAAGAAGAAAGGCAGUUUGCUUGCCUCUGUCUAUUAUUCAAGUGCUUAUGUAUGUAGUCCCACAUCUCAUCUUCCUUCUGUAUUGGGGUGUGUUGUGUUUUCUGGGCAGAAGGAAUUGACUGGGAAAGUGCUUGCCACAGUUCUCACCAUAUGUGCAAAGUUAAAUCUUUCUACUCGAGGGGGAAAGCAGGAGUGCCAGCUCCUUGGCUAGAGCACUAGAAAGUUCUGUGGGCGCCAUGUGCAGAUGCAGAACCCAGUUAUGACUGCACAGAUGACUUCUAGAACACUAAUACAGUUAAGCAACCUGUGUUUUUCUAGUACACAGAUCACCAGUUUCUGUUGAUCUUAAAGUUAGAUCGGAUGCCAGACUGUUUGUCAUUUUAUAGGAAUUCUUAGGAAUAUUGCAUUUUGGCUAGCUUCUCCUAUUCUAGGCAUAGUGAGUGUCUACUGUCACAUUUCCUAAAAAUGCAGGUAUUUUCAUUAUCUGUAGCAGUAGUAUCAUAUACUGCUAAAUGCUAUCAAUAAGAAAUGACCACUCUUUAAUCUUGCUUUGUUGGAAGUAAAUGCUCUCUUUCCCCCUCUUUAUAGGUAAAAGCACUUGAAUCAAAGCUUGUCACGUAAAACUUAGCAGGGCCAAUCUUUGACUCUUUUUUCUCCCCCAAUCCGCUUCAUCUGUGUGUUUAUAGCUUUUAGAGUUCAAGAGGAUAGUUUCCUUUCCUUUGAGUAUUUUGUUCACUACUUAAAUGUUACUCCUGCUGAGGAUUAAGAAGGAUUUUUUGUCUUUUGCCAAAUUAAGUUACCUUCUACCACUACAAAUAAGUUUGAUGUGGCAGGAAGCAUGCUGGGCUUUUGAAAACAAAAUUCCUGGUAAUGAAAGCUUAAUUGCAGCUAAGACCUAAAUGCUUCCUAAAUAGGUUUGUGAAAACUCUUAAUUGAGACUUCAAGUAGAUGUUGGUAAAGUAUAUUCCUGGUGAAUUAAAAGUAAAAUAUGAUUAAACGUACAUCAUAGCAAGAUAGUAGGCUGAUUUACACGAUCUAAAUAUGCAGGUCAACCAGGAAUUAACUGCACAUUGCUAGUAUUAUUUAUGGGUGUUGGAUUGUGCAUAAUUUCAAUUCAAAGAAAAUAGAAAGAUAAAUCUCCAUGUAUGAGCUUAGCAAAAUAGACUCCUAAAUUCCCUGGCUGGAAUCCAAAGAGCUGCUUGAACUCAUUGAAGGCCUUGUACUAACCCAGUGGAAUUUCUUACUCUUUCCUUUGUACAACUGACCUCUGUCAUAUAACAAAUUGCUCUUGAAACACUCCUCAGCUUGAAAAACAGUUUGCAAUAUACCAUGAUAGUGCAGUUUGAGGAAAAACAAGUCCAGAGCCCCCUUAGGCUCACAUAACUAGUCUCAUGGUCUUUAAACCCUAUCUGUCCUUCAGUCAUUUAUGUAGCAGCAUUCAUUGUUGUGCUAUUGAUUAGGGGAAAACUAUAACUUUAGAUAAAUAUGUUAGCUUGCAAGCUCUGGGUGAAUUGACUUUCAGCAGAAGGAUGUCUUAAGCCUUCUUACUGGAGGGCCCCACUAGUGAACUUUCCCCCCUGCUGUGCACCCAUCUUUUGUUCACAUUUUCUGAUGUCGCAGUAAUAUAUUGGCCCUUCUCUUCAAAUUGUCAGUUUUUGUAUGAGCUGUUGGUAUGUGAGUGGGUGAUCUUUGUCCUGUUGGUUCUCAAAAUUUUCCUUGAAUAUGGCCUGAAUAUAUUGGAUUCUUCUGAUGUGUAUUACUGUGUAUUUUUCUAGUCAUUUUUAAAUAAAAAUAUUUAUAAUCAUA